AUGGGCGCCGACGAGCUCGAGGGCAGCUUCUCUCCAUAUAAAAUAAGGGACCACCGCUGCUACCUCGAGGAGCAGGGCCUCACGGACCCGACACCUCCAACGCCCGAGGAGCACCUCUACAACCAGCUCUACGAGCUCUACCCCCAGCACGUCGGCAAGCGCACGUCCCGGAAAGAACGGCGACAGCAUGGCUUCGUGGCGGCGUCGCUGACGUACGGCGAAAUUUGUUUCGGCCCCUUCGCGGGGCUGUUUCAGGUGCUCCGGAACGACGGCCUGCAGCCGGGCGGCAAGUUCUGCGACUUGGGGUCCGGUGCGGGGCGCGCGGUCUUCGCCGCAGCUCUCUCGUGGGACUUCGACAAGGUGCUGGGCAUCGAGAUCCUCGAGGGGCUGCACGAACUGUGUGACCAGAAGCUGCUGCCAAGGUUCGACCUGCACAUCCGCGAGAAGAUGGAGUCGGAGACGAGGCGGGAAGUCGACGUCAAUUUCAUCCGGGGCGACGCUACGGUGAUCGACGAGUGGAUUUCAUCACGAGUCGUAUUUGCCAAUUCCACAUGCUUCGACCGGAAGCUCAUGGAGACCCUUGCAAGGAUGGCCUCGAACAUGGACCCGGGCUGCUACUUCAUCACGAUGACGGCUCCCUUACCGUCCGACGACUUCGAGCUGCGCUGGACGGGCACCAUGCGCGAGGCGUGGGGCGACGGCACGGUGUUUAUCCAAAGGCGCGUCGACGAGGACGCGCUCGAGGCGGAGCGCCUCGCGCGGGAGCUGCGCGCGGAGUAAUUUGUUGGUGUGUGAUUCUUGUUAGCGGCCGUAAGGCACUAGCAAGCAGCCAAAAAUCGGUGGGGCGGCGCAGGACGAACGCACGAGAGCGUGGCGCAGGCUCCGGGCAGCGCGCGGGCCUGCUGGACCAUCCAUGCGCGCGACAGCGCGGCCGCGGGCAGCGAUGCCGCUCGUUUUGCUCGCAGCCACGCUGCUGACACACAGCACCGCCACCGACGCUGCGAACACGACGCGCCGGCUCCAGUUCUCGCCGAGCCUACGAAAUCAGCGCCAGCAGUUUCUGAAGCGACGGCAGCGGGCGCGCGAGGCCGAGGCGGCGACGCGGGCGCCCUUCGUCGGGGGCCGCGCGGUGAAGAAGCCACCACCACCGCCGCCACCCAAGGGCGAGCGCUACGACGCCAACAAGCCGCCGCGCGUGCAGGCCUAUUAUCCCGCGGGCCAGCACGCCGCGGGCUUCGGGGGACAAUACCUGCAGCGCAUGGCCGUCUUCGCGCUUUGUAGGCGCGUGCCGGACCGCGGGUGCUGCUACGUGCACAGCCCCAUGCCACAUGACAUCAGUGGUCUCAAGUCCGACGAACGAUGUUCUACUUACGAAGCCGGCAAGGCGAAGAAUAGUGUGGUACCUAGGUUCUUGAAGCCAAAUGAUAUAAAAUGGUACAUGGUCGCCGAUAUCAAUGUGAGGAAGGAACUACGGAAGAUGUACGAUGCCGUAGCACAUCCGACGAAGCAGUUCGAGUGUGACUAUCGGAUCCACGCGCGUCGAGGUAUGCAUAGGGACGGCCUCGUGCCGAAUGCUACGUAUGUUUGUUUGGUGAGGUCCAUAAAGAAAAGCGAUGAGAACGCGAAGAUCUGCAUAUUCUCCGAAGGUUCGGUGGAGCAGUUCGGGGAAUUAGUGAAGGAAGAUGUUACAUUUGUGUUAAACGGCGACCCGGCCGAGACCUUCCACGGCCUCGUGACGGCUCCGAACCUGUUCCUGGGCCACUCUCCGCUAAGUCAAGCAGCGGCCAUGCUCGCGACGCAGGCCAAGGUCUAUACAGUGCCCUGGGAGCCGGGCAUGAGUCGCGCGGUCGCAAAUUGCUGGAGCCCCGGGGACUGCAGCGCGUGCUACGCGAAGAGAAAGGACAACGUGCCCUGCUGUGCUCCUAGAAACGCGAGAGUCGUAGAUACGUUGCGCAACCUGAACACGUGGUCCCUGAUGGGCGUGACAGAUCAAUCGUACGACCGCGAUCCGACGGGCAAGGGCACCUGGGCGCCCCUGCCUCCG